CGCGAAGAUUCUGUCUACCUCGCCAAGCUCGCCGAGCAGGCUGAGCGCUACGAGGGUGAGUACUUGGUCUUGACUUGUAUACAAAUCUCAUGACUCGGCAAGACAAUGGCUCAGUCGGGCAUGGCGGAUGUAGCUGGGGAAAGACCAGAAGCGAAGCAUCAUGAUAUUCUGCAAGUGUUGGGAGUAUGCUCACCCAGCCUUUUUCCAUAUUCGCAGAGAUGGUCGAGAACAUGAAGCGCGUUGCCUCGUCUGACCAGGAGCUCACUGUGGAGGAGCGAAAUCUGCUUUCGGUUGCCUACAAGAACGUCAUCGGCGCUCGCCGAGCUUCGUGGCGCAUCGUCUCCUCCAUUGAGCAGAAGGAGGAGUCGAAGGGCAACGAGUCUCAGGUCACUAUGAUCAAGAAGUACCGCGAGAAGAUUGAGGCUGAGCUUGCUCAGAUCUGCGAGGACAUCCUCGACGUUCUUGACAAGCACCUCAUUCCCUCGGCUGCGUCGGGUGAAAGCAAGGUCUUCUACCACAAGAUGAAGGGUGACUACCACCGCUACCUGGCCGAGUUCGCCACUGGCGACAAGAGGAAGGACUCUGCCGACAAGUCGCUCGAGGCUUACAAGGCUGCUUCGGACGUUGCCGUUACCGAGCUCCCUCCCACUCACCCCAUCCGUCUUGGCCUGGCGCUCAACUUCAGUGUCUUCUACUACGAGAUCCUCAACUCGCCCGACCGUGCUUGCCACCUGGCCAAGCAGGCCUUCGACGACGCUAUUGCUGAGCUCGACACGCUGUCGGAGGAGAGCUACAAGGACAGCACUCUCAUCAUGCAACUCCUCAGGGACAACCUUACCCUCUGGACCAGCGACAUGCAAGACUCGGAGAGCAAGCCCGCCGAUGCGCCCGCUGCCGAGGCUGCGGCGCCUGCCGAGGCCAAGGGCGAAGAGGCUGCCUAAAACCCAAAGUCAAGCAACAAUCGAAGCUCUCCCCUGCGCACCGGCAUACAGUGAUUCCUGGUCCUCAUCCUCUUUCCUUCCACCCCUUCAACGCUCUCCUCCCGCUCCAAUACAAUCUUCCGUUCUACUCGUUUCUUUUUUCUCCUCUCCCUCUAUCCCGUCUCCCAUCCCUCGUUUCGAUUCUCAUGAUAUUUGGCG